AUGGCUUUUCUAUUGUUUUGCUCUUGCCUUCAUACUUUCCUUCAUUUAUUUAUAUUUUCUUCUUCAUUCUUUCCUUCUUUCACUUUUUCAUUCUUUUUUUUUACUUCCCUCAUUCAUUCCUCUUUUCCUUCCUUCCUUUCGUCUCUCAAAAUUUCCUUUCAUUCAUUCUUCCUCUUUUUUCCUAACCUCCUUUCUCAUUCCAUUGUCUCUUGCCUCUCCAUUCUUUCUUCUUUUAAUUCCUUCCUUUUUUCUUCUUCAUUCCUUCAUUCUUUCACUUCCAUUCUUCCUUCUUUUAAUUCCUUCAUUUUUUCUUCUUCAUUCCUUCAUUCUUUCAUUGUUCCUUUCUCGUUCCUUCCAAUCUGCCUCCAUUUUUUUCGUCUCUCAAAAUUUCUUCCAAUUCAUUCUUUCUUCUUUUUCCUUUCUCCAUUCAUCAUUGUCUAUUCGCUCAUUACAUUAGGCCAUUCUUCCUUCUUUAAAUUCCUUCUUUACUUUUUUCAUUCAUCCGUUCAUUCAUUGUUUUUUUCGUCUUUCAUUCAACUUUUCCUUCUUUCCAUUCGUCUCUCAAAAUAUCUUUUCAUUUAUUUUUUCCCGCGUUUUUACUUCCUUCAUUUUUUCAUUGUCCCUUCCCCAUUCUUUGUCUAUUCGUUCAUUUCUUUUAGUCAAUUCUUUCUUCUUUUAAUUCCUUUCUUUUUUUUCUUCCUUCAUUCUUUCAUUGUUCUUUUCUCAUUCCAUCCACUGUUCCUUCCUUUCGUCUCUCAAAAUUCCUUUCCGUUUAUUCUUUACUGUUUUUCCUUCCCUCCUCUAUUAAAAAAGGUAAAACUAUCAACUCUCCUUCGUUAA